AAAAUAAAGAUAUAAUAACUCCUACUGAUCAAGAAUUACGUGAACUUCAAGUUGAAGGAUUAUUAAAACAUUUGCAAGAUAAUCAUUCUUUAUGCUUGAAUGAAGUGUGCUGGUAUAAAGACAAUCCGGAAUUAGAAUUAGCUUUACCGAAUUUAAAAAAAUCUACUAUAAGAAAAAUAGAUGAAUUUUGUAAUUUUCUUAAAUCAAUAUUUCGUUUAUCAGCAACUAUUAUUUACAAUAAUGAUGGUUUAACUCAAAUGUUAAUUCAAGUUUGUGAUUUUUGUAGAGCUAAGAGUUUUUCUGAACAAGAUUUAAAAAAUAUUGAAAAGAUGGCAAAAGAUAGAAAUAGCCAAAAAUUAUGUAAAAGAGAACAAAUUGAAAGCCGUAAUAAAAAAAGAACUAUUGAAUAUAAAACCAAACGUGAUGAUCUUUAG